AUGGCUUUGCUUGCUGGAUUUGUAAUUAUUAACUUUGUUUUACUCGGAACUGUUUAUUCAAGCACGUGUAAACCAUUUCAAAUAAACAAGGAUAAUCUUAAUAAAGCAUUAAUUGGUCAUUCCGUGCGUGAAAUUAACGAUACAAAUCAUCAAGAGUGUGCACGGACAUGUAUGUCAAUGUCUGUAUGUAAAUCUAUUGACUAUGACAGGCCGGAGAACAUAUGUAAAUUAAACGGUGCUAACCGAUCAUCUGUUGAUCCAUUGGAGUUUGAGACCAAAACAAUGGUUGGAAGCUGUAGUUCAAGGCCGUGUAAAGCCAACCAACAAUGUUAUCAAAAAGGGGCCUCACAUGUCUGCAAAUUAAUAAUCCCAUGGACAUGUAAAGAUGUCAAACUAUGUAGACCCUCCUACACUGAUGGUGAAUACUGGCUAUAUUCGAGAGUCCUCGGAAGUCAUAUGGUCAAAUUAUACUGCGCCGGAAUGUCCGCAGAAGAACCGCUAGAGUACAUUUCAGUAAAUGAAAAAGACAAUUAUGGAUUCAGUGCUGGGAAUCUGGGGUCAAAGAAAGGUUUGACGAGAUAUCAGAAAAUACGUGUCGAUCUCAUGGAGGGGAAAAUUAUACGUAAUGACACCAUAUUUAGUACAACUUGUACACAAGAUAUUUCUGAUCUUCCCCCGCUACCGUAUGGAAGAGGCGGCGGUUGUAGCUGUGAGUAUUGUGCGAAAGGAAAUUUCAGUAUCUCGUUGCAAGGCACAGGGCUGAAAAUCAGUAAAGAGGUAUACAUAUUCCAUCUUUUAGGCUACAUGAUUUCUGAUGAAGACUUUAUGAUUGGCUGUUAUUCAGCGACAUUUUGUUAUGAAAGUACGAACGUACCUAAGUUUCGGCUUUGUCCGAAAAACAAUCAAUGCCAUUCCGUGACGAUGGCCUGUAAACAAAAAUGUUUAAUGACUACAAACACUAAUAGAAACAAGCCUAAAUUACAUUUAUGA